UGUCACCCCUGUAUGUGUGAUUCUAUGUUUCCACUCCCACAUUAAUGGUCAAAUUUUACUCAUCUCAAUCUUUGGAACGUCACUCUCCAGUGUGAUUCUUUGUUUUUCCACUCCCACCUUCACAUUCUUCUCCGGCUUUUCUACAUCCCAUUCUCAUUUCAUUUUCCACUGUUUCUCUCUCUCUCAAACACAUUCUCUGUCCAUGGAUAUGCAUUUUUAUGCUUCAUCAAAAGCAAAUAACUUUGCCAAAACCGACUCUUAUAUUUUUCCCUUUCAAAGUUUGCAUUUUUAGGGUCUUCUUAUAAUCUCAUGGGCUUGCAACCUAAAACCGAACCUGGUUCACCUCCGAUCCUCGCUUCUUCUAGCAACCAUGGAAGCUUGAACGAGAUGAGCAUUUCGGAGCUCUUCUCGGGUUUACGCACCAACUGUGAUAAAGCUGAAGAGGUUUUGUUGGCCAGAGAUGCCAAACACAAAGCGGAGAUUGGUUCCCUCGUUGUGAAGUAUGAAUUGGAGAUGCUACAGAGGCUUCACACCAAAGAUCAACUGAAGAAGAAAGAGCAACAGUAUCAGAAUUUGGAGAGAAAAUGGUUGGAUGAUAACGAUGCCAUUGCUGCACUUAGGAUCAGAUGCAGUGAAUUGGAGGAUGAAAAUAAGAAGAAUUUGGAGACCAUUCAGAAACUGAAGGAUGAGAACUACAGAUUGGAAAAAGAGAAAAUCAAUGAAGAUGCAAGGGUUUCAAAUGAAAUGGCUGUUCCUGAUUCUCCUCCUUUCAAAAGAAAGAAAGGUGUUGGACACUGCAUUGGUGAAUCAGACGGCGCUGCCUUCUUCUACCCUUCCUGCUUCCAUUUCUGCUCUUCUUCCAGGUUACCCCGUGUUCUCCCCUGCUUCAGGAUGUCUGAUAGAGGGAAAGGAAAAGCAAAGGUUACUCCCCGAAAAAGGAAGCAAUCUCAGUCUUCCACUACUUCUGCAAUCUCCGGCUAUGCCAAGAUAUCUCUUUCUGACAAAGAGAAAGCGGAUCAGCUCUUACCUCCUGUUGACGGAACAAGGUUCCCUAAUUUGUACUGUGAGCUCCGCUUUCCGGUCUUUCAGAAACGGCAUCUGAAUUUGGAGAAGAAGCUGUCUAUCCCUCCCGAUCUGAGGCAAUCUAUUGAGUCUCGAAUUGAGGGGUUAGGCCUGUCUUUCGUGGAUCGGGAGUUAGUUAGAGUGAACGAGUCCUGGGUUCAGGAGUUCUACUGCAACUUCUUCAGACCGACCCUCGACUCGAUUCACUUGAGAGGUGGGCAGAUUCUGAUGAUGGAGGCUGAUAUAGAGGACGCCCUCCAUUGCCAGCCCAAGGCCAGCGACAAAGAUGCUUAUCAUAGGGCUGAGGAGGAGAUACAUUGCCUCACCUUCGACUAUGAUGCACUGAGGAGUGUGAUUGCCCUACCGGACGCCCCGUGGGUGUUGGAUGCCGGCAAGACGAAGCCUAAGGGGAUGUUGUUUGAUUACCUGACGAGGGAGGCGAAGACAUGGCAGCAGAUUCUCGCACACUAUGUCAUGCCUACCACGCAUUUCACUGAGAUCCCGAUCGACAUGUUAGUGCUCGUUGGAUGCAUUAUGGAGGGGAAAGAGCUGUACUUUCCCCGAUUGAUCAAGAGGUUCAUGUGGCGAGCUCAUGUUAGAGGCACACUCCCAUUCCCUACGUUGGUCACAGAGAUGGCUCAGCGGGCUGGAAUUCCAUGGCUGCCAGAGGAUGAGUCACCACCCACAGUCCACGGAAAGGAGAGAUUUAUUCCGUGGGGAACGUGGGUGAGUGACAAGCCACCAGCCCCGCGUAGAGCUAGAGCUUCAGCAGCAGCGACACCUGGCCUGCCCUCCUCUUCAGCUGCAGCAGGACCAUCCACAACACCAGCAGCACCUAUCGGACCAGCACCACCACCGCCAGCACCCCAGCCGACUUACCUACUGGUACAGCAUCUCAUCAGACUCAUGGAGCGCAGGGAGCGUCGCAUAUUGCGACGCUGUAAUGGUGUGAGUCAGAUGCUAGUUUCGCUGGGCGCCGAGAUGCCCCCUGAUUCCGACACUUCUUCCGCAGAGGAGGAGGAGCAGACUUAGCAGCCAGAGGCACCCACACAGAUUCAGGUUCCCACGGAGACGCAGCAGACCUCUGUGGAGCCACAGCCUCAGCCCCAGCCAGAUGCGGACGUGGACCCUCACACCCAGUCUCAGCAGUAGCAUCGAGGACGAUGCUUCAUUCUAAGUGUGGGGAGGUCAUCGUUGUCACCGUCGGUGGAAUUGCUAUUUUGGGUGACAAUUUCAGACAUUUAUCUCUUAUGUUGUGUUACUUUGUUUUAUUUGCACUUUUGGAUUAUUGUACAUAUUAGUAUUUUGGGAUACCUUUGUUUUAGUUUGUUGCAUUUUGCACUUUGCACUUUGGAUUGUAUAUAUUUUAUAUUUUUAGUUGGAUUUGCAUUUUUAGUUGAUAGUUUAUAGGUUGUGAUUAGAAAAA